AUGAGGGUAUUCGUGACUGCUACUCCCAGGAGCUGUGAAGUUGUAAAGCAGAAGGUCACAAAUUCAGAAAGAUACAUUGUUCUGAGUUGGAAAUACAAAUAUGCUCGGAGUCAUAUGGACGUCAUUUUUGAGAAGCUUUGGUCGAACGAUCCUUCGAUCCGAGUCGUAUGUUUGGACGAUUUGAAACUUCGGAUUCAAAGUUUCGCACCUCAAUUCAGAGGCUCCUCGCAACAGGAUGUACAAGAAUUUUUUUAUUACCUGCUGGAAGGGCUGCACGGGGACGUCAACAUGGUCGUAGAUGAACCAAACCCGAACCCAAAGCCAAUACUUAUGGAAAUCGACAAAUCAUUUAGUUUUAAUGUCGACGCAAUGGAUUCGUGGUCGAGAUUCUUGAUAAUGAAUAAAUCUAAGUUCGUCGAUAAUUUUAUCGGGCAGUUGAAGUCUACUUUGAGAUGCACCUUCUGUGGCAAUUGUUCGGAGACAUUCGACCCAUUUUGGGAGUUGUCUUCACCGAUACCACAGCGAUCAGGCCAACUCAGCUUGUCUCAUUGCUUGGACUCGUUUACGAGUGUUGAGAUUUUGGACGGCGAGGAGAAACCAACUUGCUCGAUGUGUAAAGAGAGAAGAAAAUGUUUGAAGUGA